AUGAAGAAUCUGUUCAAAAUACAAUUGAUAAGGACAUAUGGUUACAGAUAAUGGUUACAUAUUGGCGAUAUAGAUAAAUUGGACAAAAAAGAAAAUUUCACUAUCACUGAAAGGAUUAAAGAAUUAAUAAUAACUGCAAGUAGUGCAAAUAUGACACUAAUUUAGAUUUAAUCUAAAGUUAAAAGGACAAUGACAAUACUAUUUAUCUAAUUUUAUGAUUAUUUGUGA